ACUGACCAAACGUCUACAUGAUGAUCCUUCACUUGGGUGCUCAUCUGCUCUUUAUGGGACUGGUUGUUUGUAAAGCAAACGCUGGAUCUAGUCUCAGGUUUACCGGAUCCGAUGAGCAAUGGGUUGCGCUUCCAAUGUGGAACGCUUGCUGUGAAAGCGAGAUGAGCUUCAGUGUGAAAACCACACAUCUGAAUGGACUCCUGGUGUACUUUGAUGACGAAGGCUUCUGCGAUUUCCUCGAGCUGCACAUACACGUUGGGAAACUCAGACUGUGCUUUACCAUUUUCUGCGCCGAGUCCACGUGCGUGCUUUCUGACGUCGCCGUCAAUGACAACCAGUGGCAUUCGGUCACGAUUAUGAGGAACUUCAGAAACACCACACUCAUCGUCGAUGAAGAAAUAAAGUGGGAGGAGGUUAAAUCCAAACGGCGGGAUAUGACCGUUUUCAGCCACUUGUUUUUAGGAGGGAUUCCCUCAGAGCUGAGAUCAGUGUCUUUACAGCUGACGUCCAAGACUGUGAAAGAUCACACUUCGUUUAUAGGCUGGAUAAUGGAUGUGAAAGUCAACGAAUCUGAGCCUGUGAUAAUCAACAGCGCUGGAGUCCACGAAGACCUCUGCGGCUCAGAAAACAAAUGCUUGAAUGGAGGAGUGUGUAGUGUUGUUGAUAAUAAACCUACAUGUGACUGCUCUCAAACCGGCUACCAGGGAAAAGACUGCAGUGAAGGUCUUGCACACCUGAUGAUGCUUGAUCAAGCAAUGGAAGAAUAUGUGGCCACAUUCAGAGGUUCAGAAUAUUUCUGCUACGAUCUUUCCCUCAACCCCAUCCAAAGCAGCAGCGAUGAAAUCACGCUGUCCUUCAAAACUCUUCAGAGAAACGGACUGAUGCUGUACACCGGGAAAAUUGCAGAUUAUGUCAACCUGGCUCUGAAAAACGGGGCGGUGUCGCUGGUCAUAAAUUUGGGCUCCGGGGCGUUUGAAGCUCUGGUGGAGCCGGUCAAUGGAAAAUUUAAUGACAACGAAUGGCAUGAUGUGAAAGUGUCGCGGAAUUUGCGUCAGCACUCAGGCAUUGGAUAUGCAAUGGUUACGAUAUCUGUGGACGGAAUACUGACCACCACAGGAUACACUCAGGAGGACUACACCAUGCUGGGCUCCGAUGACUUUCUGUAUGUCGGAGGGAGUCCCAGUACGGCCGACCUGCCCGGAUCUCCUGUCAGCAACAACUUUAUGGGCUGUCUGAGGAAGGUUGUUUAUAAAAACAAUGAUGCUGAACUGGAGCUGUCCAGACUGGCCUAUCAAGGAGACCCAAAGCUGAAGAUCCAUGGAGUGGUUGCAUUUAAAUGUGAGAAUGUGGCCACGUUGGAUGCCAUCACGUUUGAGACCCCAGAAUCCUUCCUGACGCUGAUGAAGUGGAACGGCAAGAAAAGCGGGUCCAUUUCCUUCGACUUUCGCACCACCGAACCCAAUGGCCUCCUGCUGUUCAGCUGCGGGGGAGCCAAACUGCAGAAUAAAGAGGCCAAGAGUCCCGUCACGCUGAAGGUGGACUUCUUUGCCAUUGAAAUGCUGGACGGUCUGCUGUAUCUGCUGCUGGAUAUGGGAUCUGGGACCACCAAGACUUUGGCGCUGAACAAGAAAGUCAAUGAUGGAGAGUGGUAUCAUGUGGACUUCCAGAGGGACGGGAAAUCAGGCACCAUCUCCAUCAACUCAGUGCGCACCCCUUACCUGUGUCCCGGAGACAGUGAGCUCCUGGAUCUGGACGAUCACCUGUACCUGGGCGGCGUUCCGGAGAGCUCCGGCGGGACGGUGUUCCCCACAGGGGCCUGGAGCGCCCUGCUGAACUACGGGUACGUGGGCUGCGUGCGGGAUCUGUUCAUCGACGGGCGCAGUGUGGACAUCCGGCGUGCGGCGGAGCUGCAGAGAGCUGCAGGAGUGAAGCCGUCCUGCAGUAAAGAGCCGUCCGGGAAGUGUGUGAGCGAGCCCUGCUUGAACAGAGGAGUCUGCAGGGAGGGAUGGAGCCGAUAUAUAUGCGACUGCACCGGGACGGGAUUCCUGGGACACUCCUGCGAGAGAGACGCCACCAUCCUCUCAUUCGAUGGCAGUAAGUUCCUGAAGGUGCAGUUUUCUGCAGCGAUGCACACUGAGGCCGAAGACGUGUCCCUGCGCUUCCGCUCGCUGCGGGCCUACGGCGUCCUGAUGGCCAGCACAUCUACACACACCACUGACACACUGCGCCUGGAGCUGGAGGCCGGACGCGUGCGGCUUACUGUUAACCUGGACUGUAAGAGGAUAAACUGUACCAGCAGUAAAGGACCCGAGAGCUUAUUUGCUGGUCAGAAUCUGAAUGAUGAUGAAUGGCACACAGUGCGUGUGAUCAGGAGAGGAAAGAAUCUGAAACUAUCUGUGGAUGAUCUGUCUACUGUCGAAGGAGAGAUACCAGGCGACCACACACAGCUGGAGUUUCACAACAUCGAGACCGGCAUCAUCACAGGAAAACGCCAAUUCCCCACAAUGCCCUCCAACUUUAUUGGGCAUCUCCAGAGCCUGAUGUUUAAUGGUAAACCGUACAUCGACCUUUGCAAGAACGGAGACAUCGAUUACUGCCAAACCAACGCUCCAAUCGGCUUCAAGAGCAUCAUCGCAGAUCCGGUGACGUUCAAGUCCUGCUCCAGCUAUGUGACGCUGCCAUCUUUACAGGCGUAUUACUACAUGUACCUGUUUUUCCAGUUCAAGACCACCUCUGCGGACGGACUCAUACUCUUUAAUAGUGGAGAUGGAAAUGAUUUUAUUGCUGUAGAGCUGGUGAAAGGCUACCUGCAUUACAUCUCUGAUCUGGGAAACGGUGCUCAUCUCAUUAAAGGAAACUCAAUUAAACCUCUCAAUGACAACCACUGGCACAACGUGAUGAUCUCCAGAGACCCCAAUAACCUGCACACGGUCAGAAUCGACACCAAAACCACCAGCCAGACCACACUGGGAGCCAAAAACCUGGACCUGAAAGGUGAUUUGUUCGUGGGUGGUGUUCCCGAGCAGAUGUACAAAGAUCUGCCCAAGUUAGUUCAUGCAAAAGAAGGGUUUCAGGGCUGUCUGGCGUCUGUGGAUCUGAACGGGCGUUUGCCGGACCUGAUGAACGAAGCGCUGGUCUGCGUCGGACAGAUCGAGAGAGGAUGUGAAGGGCCCAGCAGCAGCUGUGAGGAGGACUCGUGUGCCAAUCAGGGCGUCUGUCUGCAGCAGUGGGAGAACUUCACCUGCGACUGCAGCAUGACCUCAUAUGCAGGACCGCUGUGUGCAGACCUAAGAGGUGCCGUUUUAAAAUGGUUUUCUAUUGGUUAA